AUUCAAUAUCUUCAGGUUAUCCGGCAUAUGCAUCUCUUAAAGCUAGAGAAAAAGCGAGGCCAACGGAUCUCCCAGAGACCACGUCAACGAGUUGAUGGCCUUGCUAUCAGCCUUACACUGGCCGAAAUAUACAAGGACUGGGACACAGUUGGAGAACAGUCACGGUCUGCGAGGAAACAACGCUUCCGAAAAGAAAACAGGCUGGCUAGAAGGUGGCUUUUGGUAACGGCUCGGCUCUCUUUUGGCGUUCUUCUAAUCUGUUCUAAGCAGCUAGAACGAGAAAUGUAAGUGUUACCCUACCAGCUUGACUGUUCGUUCAUGAAUUAACUUAGUCACUUACAGAAACAGCAACCAAAUUAAUGAAAGCCAGCUGAUCGCUCUGGUUACGAAUAUUGCCCGUGAUUUUCCGGAAACCGUUGAAAUGUACCGGCAUCUUAACCAGACAGCAAUGUGCUUGUUAAAUCAGCGGACGACAUCACACACUACAGAUGUCGAUUGGGUCGUCAAACAGGUAGAUGCGCACCUUGGAACCGGAGGCUCGACCGAGG